AUGCCUGCCUUUCAGCGCGCUUACAACGACGCCAAAGAGGCCCUCAAUGACCCUCUAGGCUUCCAGCAGCAACUUCUGUUGCUGCAGCACCAGCAGCAGAUGCAGCAACAUGGGCAGCAGCAGCAGCUAUGCCUGAAUAACUUGCAGUUGCAGCAGCAACGCGAAGGGGAAUACGCUUCUCCCAAUUAUGUGCUUCCUAUAACUAAGGAGUUGCUGCAGCAGCAGCAGCAACAACAGCAGAAGCCUUAUGCGGUUCCUAGAGAGACAUCGCAUGAACUGUCGUUGCAGUUUCAACAGCACCAACAACAGCAGCAACAGCAGCAGGCACGUGACGCUGCUGACAGCAGCACGGGGGCAUCUACAAGCGAAGCAACAGCAUCAGCGGUAGGAGCUGUGCCUGCACAAACAGUCGCUGCAGCAGAAGCAUCUGUUGCAGCAGCAAACACAGAAGACUGUGCGGCGGUGGCACCACAGGAAGACACUCUGGGGCCAGCAGCAUAUUCAGCAUACCUACGAGCGCCACCCUCGGCAGCCGCAGCAGCAGCUGCAGCGGCACCACUAACAGCAGCAGCAGGAGCCACAGCAGCAGCAUGUGGAGGCUCCGCCGCCUCCCCCUCCGCAGCAGCAGCAACCGCAGCAAACAGGCGCGAUUUCAUGCAGCGGCAGCUGCGCCGGACCCAAGCUCUUUGCUUCAGUUUAUGUGCUACAGAAGAAGAAGAAGAAACUCAUACACCAUUUUUCUAUUGGAAAGAAACGAGGGUCGGCUCUCAGGCUGCUGCUGCUGCUGCCGCUCUCGAGGCUGUCCGCAUUGCUGCUCAUGCUGCAGCAGACGCGGCAACAGCAGCAACAGCAGCAGCAGCAGCACCCAUGACAGCAAAUACCACAAAUGAUGCUGCUGCAGAUCCAUCAGAGACUCCGGCAGCAGCCAAGGCUGGCGGAGUCUUCGACGGGCACUUACCCAGUGAAAAAAACCUAGAGCAACAACAACAGCUGCAGAAGCAGCAGCAACAGGAUCUGCGGCAGCUGCAGCAGCAACAGGAUCUGCGGCAGCUGCAGCAGCAGCAGCAGCAGCAGGAUCUGACGCUGAAUCAGAUGCGCAGCUCCGAACGGCGCUGCUAUACACCUCCAACCCGCUUUAGUGGCAUCCCCAACUACGUUAAUGCAGGACCAAUAAAUUGCAGCAGCAGCAGCAGCAGCAACGGCAGCAGCGGCAAACGCAGCCACAGCCGCACUGAGAGCAGCAACAGCAGCAGGCGCAGCGUCUCUCACAACUCCUUGACCGUCUCAGCUAAACAGGCGCGAAGCAGCAAGUGUCUACCUGGAAGACUUUCAGCAGAGCAAGCGGCAGCAGCAAAAGCAGCAGCAGCAACAGCAGCAGAUGCAGGAGCCACAGCAACAGCAACAGCAGCAGCUCCACCAGCGGGAGGCUCCGUUGCUCGAACGCCAACAGAAUUGGCUAAAACACCACCAGGAAGCUCUGCAGCAGCAACAGCAGCAGCAGCAGCAGCAGUUGCAGUGGAGGCUGUUGUGCAGGGUGUGUUAUAUCUCUAUCCUUUGAGCAUCAAGAGGCUCACCGUUUCAGCUGUAUGUACACCUCGUCUCGUGCAGUCUCUCCUCUCGCAAAAAGCAAAACUCGACGACAUUUUUGAUAAUGGACAAGGCCAGUUUUACAAUAAUGCAAGAGACACGCUCUUUCCGCAAGAUGCCAACGGCAGCAGCCGCCACAGCAACAGAGCAGGAGAUAAGUUUGAAGAGAUCGUAAUCUGUGUAGACAAGUGGUGCCGAAGCAACUGCAGCAGCAGCAGCGGCAGCAGCAGCAGCGGCAGCGGCAGCAGCAGCAGCAAGGUGUGCUGCGGGCUUCUCGGGGCGCUCCAGAAGGUGCCGCUGGCAAUGGCUGCCUCCCCCAGCUGCCCGGAUUCCUGUGUAGGCAGCAGCAAAGAGCAGCACGAAACACCUGCAACAGCAGCACCAGGGUAUGCCGCACCCUCAGCAGCAGCAGCAGCAGCAGAUGCCCCAACUGCAGCACCAGCUGCUGCGAAGCCCGUGCGCGUCUUCGUAGACCUGUGCGGAGGCCCAGGGUCCUGGAGUUUGUAUAUACUAGACAAAACUGCCAAAGCAGCUUCCGCUGCAACAUCACCUGCAGCAGCAGCGGGAGCAGCAGCAGCAGCAGCUGCUGCUGCUGCAGCAGCAAGGGGCCCACAUGCGGACAGCAAAGUGAAGAAGGGACUCACAACAGACGGUGAUUUGUUUGCUGCCAUUGCAGAAGAAGUGCUGCGUCGUUUGGCAGAGUCGCAGCAGCAGAAGCAGACGCAGCAGCAGGAGCAGCAGCAACAGCAGCAGCAGCAGCAGCAGGAACAGACGGAGGUAUUUGGCUUUGGGCUUACGCUCAAGUCAACAGAAUCAAGAAAAAUCUCCAGCUGGUACGGGGCUCUAUCAAACAACCCCCGCUUCACAGGCAAGUCUUGCUGCUCUCUUUGGGGAGCUGAUGGCAGUGGAGAUAUCUGCGCCCCUGGCUGUGUCCAAAACGUAGCUCAAACGGUGUUUGAUUUCUUACGGUCAAGAAAGCAACAGCAACAACAACAGCAGCAGCAGCAGCAACAACAGCAGCAGCAGCAGCAACAGCAGCAGCAGCAGCAACAGAUGGGUUCGGAGACAAAGGAAAUGGAACAUAAUUUGGAAUUUGCCUGCGGUUUAUGUGCUGCAGCAGACCCUGUGCAGGGAUUUGAAGAGGGCGUCACUUUAGUUGUGGCGGACGGGGGGGUAGGGGGUUUAAGAGGGUCUUUAGUGGGUUCAUCGGGGUUUUGCAUUGAGGCAAGUCUGGUGUACGCGGUUCGCCGUUUGUUUCGAGGCUGUUUGAUAGUAAAACCCUUCAGAAGUCGAGCAGUUAACAGCGAACGGUUAAUGCAAAAGAAAAGUGACGUACCCUUCAUGAAGCGCCUGAUUGAGGCCUCAACGUUCAUCUGCGAGCGACAAACUCUGGCGCUGUCGAUGUUCGAGGAGAUGCAGCAGCGGCGAAAGGGAAGGAACCGCCGGUCCAAGCAGCAGCAGCAGCAGCAGCAGCAGCAGCAGCAGCAGCAGCAGCAGCAUUACUACCACUCCAGCAGCAGCAGCAGCAGCAACUCUCGUCUUCGCGUACCGCCAUUAGAGAAUACCCUGGAGCAGCUGAGGCCUUGUCGCCUCCCUCUAAGCAGCAGCAAAAGCUCCGCCAGCAGCAGCCACACACCAAUAGCAGCAGUAAAAGCAAGUAGGUCCCUUCAGCAUAGACAACAGCAGCAGAUGCAGCAGGAACAGCUGCAGCAGAAGCAGCAGCAGCAGCUCAUGGGCUUGCACGCCACCCAGGAACGGUGCAGGGCACCCCGUACCGCCAGCAGCAGCAGCAGCAGCAGCAGCAUCAACAACAACAGCAGUAGCAGCAACAGCAACAGCAGCAGCACCUGCUGCUUACCUGGUGGGCAGCAGCAACAGCGGCAGCAGCAGCAGAAAGGGGACAGGGAGAAGGAAUUGCUGCAGCAGCAGCUGAGGCAACUCGAGCAGCAGCUGCAGCAGCAACGAGAGGACCACAAAAAGCAGCAGGAGCUUCAGCUGCAACUGCAGUUGAUGCAGAUGCAGCAGCUGCAGCUUCUACAGAUGCAUAGACAGCUCGCGCCUGUCACCCCAGCAGCGCUGCAGCAGCAGUUGCUGCUGCAGCAGCAACUGCAGCAGCAGCAGCAAAUGCUGCAGCUGCUCAAGCCACAGCAGCAACAGCCAACCCUUGCUGCCGUUCAGCAGCAGCAACACCACCAAUUACAGCACCUCUUGCAGCAGCAGCAGCAGCAGCAACACCAAAGUACGAUCUACACUCAGCAGCUGCACGGUAUGGGAUUGACGCAGCAGCAUCAGUUGCUGCUGCAGCAACGACAGCAGCAGCAGCAAGCCACUAAAAGCAUAGGAGAGUCAGCGUUUGCUGCUGGGAUGUUGGGCAUGGCUGCACCUGGAGACACAGCGGCAGCAGCAGCAGCAGCAGCAUCGAGUGCAGCAAAAUCAACAGCAGCAGCAACGAGUGCUGCAGCAGCGUCGACGCCGCUUGCAGCGGGAGAAGCAGCAGCAGCAGCGGCUUUAGCGGAUGCCUCUACCAUCACUACGGGGCUGAUCCAAACGAAGCAGCAGCAAAAGCAUCAACAGCAAUACCCGCAGCAGCAGCAGCAACAACAACUGCAGCAGCAGCAGCUUCUGAUGCAGCAGGGAGCCCAUCACGGAGCAUUUGCCUCAGCGGAAUUCAGAAAGCCAGAGGCAACAGCAACAGGGCUAGAGCAGCAGCAGCAGCAGCAGCAGCAACUGUUACUGCUGCAGCAGGAGAGAGACAAGCUUGCGCAGCAGCAGCAACAACUCGAAGCGCUGCAGCAGCAGCUGCUGAAAGCGGCCUCUCUAAACCAGCUGCAGCACUAG